AUGAAUGAAGGACUUGAGAACAACUUGACUCAACUCCAUGACAACUGGACAUUUUACAACUCCUCGCUGGAGUCCGUCAUACCCAGGAGCAACAUCACCUACGUUGGAUUUUACCUGCAUCAGCCGUCCAUAGCAGCCAUCUUCAUCGUGUCCUACAUGCUGAUCUUCCUCGUGUGCAUGGUGGGAAAUGGCGUGGUGUGUUUCAUUGUGCUGAGGAGCAAAAACAUGCGGACCGUCACCAAUUUGUUCAUCUUAAACCUCGCUGUGAGUGACCUCCUGGUCGGGAUAUUCUGCAUGCCCACAACACUUCUAGACAACAUAAUUACAGGAUGGCCUUUUGGAAGCCUGGUCUGCAAAAUGAGCGGCAUGGUCCAAGGGAUCUCCGUGUCAGCAUCCGUCUUCACUCUGGUGGCUAUUGCUGUUGACAGAUUCAGAUGCAUCGUCUACCCGUUCAAGCAAAAGCUGACCAUCUCCACAGCCUCCUUGAUAAUAGUCAUUAUCUGGGUUCUGGCCAUAUCCAUCAUGUGUCCCUCUGGCGUGAUGCUCCAAGUGACCAAGGAGCAAACCAUCCGGGUGUUGCUGGGCUACGACAACAAAACCAGCCCGUUCUAUUGGUGCAGGGAGAACUGGCCGAACCAGGAGAUGAGGAAAGUUUACACCACCGUCCUGUUCGCGAACAUCUACCUUGCCCCUCUUUCGCUCAUCGUGAUCAUGUACGCCCGGAUCGGCAUCACGCUUUUCAAAACGGCGGUCCCGACGGGGGGGAAGCCGGGCCACGAGAACCGUCACUCCGUGUCAAAGAAAAAGCAGAGGGUGAUUAAGAUGCUGCUCAUAGUCGCUUUGCUUUUCAUCCUCUCCUGGCUCCCUCUGUGGACCCUCAUGAUGCUGAGCGACUAUGCAAGCCUGACCGAGCAGCAGUACAGAAUCAUCAACAUUUACAUCUACCCCUUUGCCCACUGGCUAGCUUUCUUCAACAGCAGCGUCAACCCCAUCAUCUACGGUUUCUUCAACGAGAACUUCCACAGAGGAUUUCAAGCUGUGUUCAAGUUCAGCCUGUGCACGGCGGACGGACAGCGGAGGAAAACGUACUCGCACAGGCUGCAGGGGAACUCCGUGCUCCCCGCCAACAACGCGCAAACCACCCUGGAGCCCAUUUCUCUCAACAGCCUGGAUAAGAACUGCUCUAGGCGGAUCAACCACGUCACGGAGCAGGACUUGGUCAUGGAGGACCUGGAGAAGGCGUCCGGCAGCAGUGGAGGAGUGACUGCGGUGUCUAUUUGA